GCCAUGCAACAAAUCUGACAUUCAAAAAAUUCCAAAAUCGAAAUUUUUGUGUUGAAAUUUUGUGUUCUCAAAAUUUGUUGUUUUUCGGGAAAAUGGCGUGUCAUGGCACCAAUAAUCAGGGUACGUCCUUACUGGCCGAACUCAGUGACCUCGUACAUCAAAUUGGUGACUGCAAUAGCCAACCUUGUAGCUGCUGCCCACCUCCCCCAUGCAUUCCUUGUAAUGUUCCCUACGCCCAAGUUACCAUGACUUGCCCACCCCCUAUUCUGGUCCCGACGCAGCCCCAACCUGUGAAGCCCCUUCAACUUCCGUGUCCUCCGGCCCCUCCGAGCCCACCAAUACUAACUCCCGAGGAAGCAGAACGAAGUCGUUACGACAAUUUUUACAACAAUUACAACAUCGAUUGGCAUAGUGAGAGUCCCGCCUGUAAGGAUCACGAUCGUGAUCAUUGCUGCACCCCCGAUAAACAAAGGGGGCAAACAGUUGAUGGCAAAACACCCUGUUGCGAAGAUUACACGAAAAAUAAACAAGAUGAAUGUUGCCCCCUCCCUGGGUGCCCCACGGGAUUCAAACCGUGUACUAUGAAGUUAACUCCGCCUCCCGGCUGUCAUCCUUGUGGUGUUUGGUGUGCUGAAGUCCAACCCUGUCCCCCGAAACCCAAAAAGAAGAGCAAUAAAUAUGAGCCGGGACCCUGCACCAGGCCUUGUUGUAAGCAUUGGAAGCCUAAAGAAGGGCCGUGUCUUUAUGACGAUCCUUGUAAAGCUCAUUGUUUUAAUCAUCCUCCAGGAAUUAAACCUUCUGGGAGGUACCCGUGAUGUUUACGUGUCGUCAAGUGUUAGGUAAGAAGUAAAAAUGGUCAAUUGUAUUGUUUAUUUCGGUAUUUGUCUAUGAUUUGUAAAUAAAACUAAAUAAGGUAA